AUGGGCAAGCAGGCGCUCACGACCGAUGGGUUCUUCCGCACUACCCACCAGAAAAAUAACGGAUCGUGGACAUUGAAGAACUCGAACCACUCUUAUAAGUUUGGUAGCGUCUUCUAUGUCACCAGCAGCUAUCUUCCCGUCUAUAUUUCUCAUUUUGUGUCUCUCUUGACAAAGAUUGAUUAA